AAGGGGACGACAGUAAGAAAUGAAAGGAAAGAGAAAGGGAAAUGUGAAGGGGAAGAGAGAAAGAGAAAAGGAAAGGAAGAGAAAAGAGAAGCAAGGCAAAGGAAAGCAAAAGGGGGGAAAGGGAAAAGGCAGAAAAGGAGAAGAAGACAAGUUGCGUGCCGCCGGCGCCACCCGAGGGGAAUCCGGCAGCGGACCCCGCCAGCUGCCCGUCCCCCUCCUCCAGGCCCCGGGCCGCCCCCAGGCCGCCCUCAGCAACGCGACGCCGCAGGCGGUUGGUAGGGCCGGGGCAGGAAGUGGUUCCUGGCGGCGGAGAGCACUUCCGGGGCAGCGCGGCAUGGCGGCGCCGGGCCGAACAUCGAGGCAUGUGAGUGGCUGAGAAAUGGAGUUGGGGCUCAGGGGAGCAAUGGGUGCCUGUGUCACAACCUUCCUGAGCGGCCCUUGCAAGGCUGAGGUAGAAGAAACGCUGAAGCGAAUUCAGAGAGCGAAAGGAGUGCAAGGAGUCAUUGUUGUUAAUCCUGGAGGUAUUCCUAUCAGAAGCAAUAUGGACCACACCACAACCAUUCAGUAUGUUGGCCUAAUGAACAGCUUAAUCAUGAUGGCAAGGAGCGCCGUUCGAAACAUCGAUCCCCGAAAUGACCUCAGCGUCCUGCGGGUCCGCUCCAAGAAAAAUGAAAUCAUACUUGUUCCAGAAAAUGACUACCUCUUGAUUAUCAUCCAGAAUAUAAACGCAUGAUUCCACUCACGUGAUCUGCUUUAUUCCCUUUGCCCAACUUUCUUUUUUUAAUUUAAUGCUAAAGAGUAGAGCUCUGGUAUUAACUCUGCUGUGCCACUUCUGCGAUGUUUUGGAGGAACCAAAGCAGGUGUUCUUGUUUGUAUGCUUUUUACAUAUAGAAAAAAUGGCUUCUUUUGGGAUCACUCAUCAUUUUGAGAAGGAAAUGGUGAAUUAGAACCUGGUGACCUUGGCAGUGAAAAAAAGUAAAAAAUGCAACAGAUGCUUUUAAUAGUUGACAAGAUAACAUAAAAAACCCUAGUAACGUUCUGCAAGAUUAUUCUCUGUACGUUUCCAUGAUCCUGUCGCCAUUAUUAGAGUUGAGCUCUUACACUGUUACUUUUGAAUGACUAAAUAUGAAACCUUCCUGUCCUGUUGUUCUCUCUUAUUUUCUAAGUUACUUGAAAAAGUCUGGUCACAAUAAAUUUAAAAAGUGUCAUCA